AAUUCGAUAUUACGACGUGAAGGACUGGAAAAAUUACAGCAAUAUUGUACGGAUAGACUUAAGAAAGAGCCGGAAUCGAUUCUUAGGUCACCAGAUUUUGUACAUUUAAAUGAAGAUAUCGUUGUAGAACUUCUCAAACAAGUUAAUAUUCAAAUGUCAGAAAUUGAAAUUUGGGAUUACGUACUAAAAUGGGGAGUGGCGCAAACUCGAAUGCUCAAUGAUAAUUUUGGGCGAUGGUCAUCAAAAGAUUUUCUCAUAUUGGAAUUGUCAUUGCAUAAUUGCCUUCCUUGGAUCAGAUUUUUCCAUAUGCCAUAUCGUGAAUUUUCUAUUAAAGUAAUGCCAUUUGAAAAGAUCUUACCAAAGAAAUUGGUUCACGAUGUACAACGUUAUCAUUUCGUCCAAAAUAGUCAACCGCUUUACAAUGCCAUUCUGCCCCCAAGACUCGGUGUGUGUAACUCGUCAAUCAUUAAGUGGUGUCACAUGGGAUUGAUUGCGAGUUGGAUUGACCGCAAAGAUUGUGAAAGCAUUGGUAAAUCGGAUUCACUGACAACCAAAAGGACAACUACCGUAAGUCGAGUCGCAGACGCGAGUAAAGCAGUUUAUAGUUUUGUAGCGUUGGGACCCUAUUUUGGUGAUGGAGAUUUGAAAGUCUGCAUUCGAUACGAUAGCCUAAGUUGUAGUUGCACUCAUAAAUCUUAUUCUUUGAAGAUUCUUGAAAAGUCAGAUUGGAUGGUUGUUGAAGAAUACGAAGUCUUUAAAAAAAUCUAUGAUGGGAAGCUUAAAGGCAAUAUUGAAGGUGGUGCUAACGAUGAUAUAAUUAGAGAUGAUA